AUGAAUCGACUUGCCCGAAUUCUCCGAGUUGGUGUUCGUGCACACUUAUUUUCCGUGGAUUCCGUUAAAUUUAGUUCCAAGCCUCAACAAAAAAGGGUUGCCGUGGUAAAUUUAUAUUUUUAAUUUUGAAAAGCUUUAUUAGGUAUUUCAUGGUUGCGGUGUUUAUGAUGGAACCGAAAUACACGAGGCUACGAGGUAAUUAUGGGCUUCAUAAUAACCCUUUAGUGCAUUAAUACAUCUCAAUAAAGCUGGUGCGAAGGUUUCUGCGUUUGCUCCCGAUAUUACUCAAGCACGUGUUGUGGACCAUUUUACUGGUAGCGAAAUGGUUGCUAAAAGGUUUGCUCCCCUUAUAAACCGACGGCCUUCCAGAAAUGUGUUGGUCGAAUCAGCCCGCCUCAGCAGAGGAAAAAUUCUUCCACUGAAGUCUCUGGUUCCUUCGGAAUUCGAUGCUUUAUUGAUUCCGGGCGGUUUCGGUGUGGCAACUACGUUGUAAGAAUCUCAUCAUUCUUUCUCUCGCUCGCUUCCUGUUGAAGAAUCUCCUUGGACUUAUUAUUUUGCUGCUUCGGUUAUUUUUAUUCAAUGUCUUAGGUCCGACUUUGCUGCGUCUGGAGCAUCUUGUAAGAUUCUGUUGGACUUGGAAAAAGUCAUUUCUGAGUUUCACAAAUCUAAGAAGCCGAUAGGGUAAGUGAAGACCCAUAUUCUUUUUGGCCUUUCUCAAAGUGUUGGACAGUUAAAUUAAUUCAAACUGACUUAAGUCUUUUUCAAUUUAUUGCAUCGCAUUCUCCCUUUUAAUGACGGCCGACAAGUGUUUUGUUUAACGAUAACUGUUUGGAAGCACAAGACAAAUGUGAAAUUUUCAUACGCGAAGAACUCAUCCUCUGGCUUUUACUUUUAACUUUUUCUAAUUUAAAUGGGUUAUCGAGGUCAACUAAAAUCUGGCAAAAUGCGUGACCGACUUCUGACUGACGAUGACCAUCUACAGUCUUACUGUGCACCGGAGUCUAAGCACCCUUUCUUUCGCCUGGUGACGCUCGGAAGUCUACUUUAAGUCGCUGAUUUUCUUCUUUAAUUUCAUGCGGAUUUUUGCCCUAAACCCCUGGACCAGUAUUUAGUGGUGAAUUGUUUAAACUCAGCCUACCUUGACUUCAUUCGCCUCUUACAGGGACCUUUUUUCUGUGGUCACUGUGACGGGAGACAGACCUUAUAGUUAGUUUUAAUUUCAUGAGGACAGACUUUCAUUUGCUUUUUGAAGAAAUAUCUACACCUUUUGGUCAGGACACCAAGUCAAUUUUCUCUAGAUUUUUACAUUACCGACGGACGUUAUUGGUUUUGGCGGCCGGAAGUAGGUAACAUUUUCCUUAGAUUCGCGUUUCGUUUGUGGAGACUUCUCAUAUCCCGUUAACCAACAGCAGCCAGGGGAUUCUGUUGAUUUUUAAAGUUUCGUUCAAUUAAUAAACUGGGUCGGGCCUCCAGAAUUCCGGCACUAGAUUUCCGUACUCCCGUUAACCAUUUCCCACUCUGUCGGACUAUCACAUUUAUGACAGGUAAGGAUGAAACUGUCGUCGACGAAAGAUAAUUGGCGAUUGCUCGGAAAGGGGUUUCGAGAAUACCUUCGAAUUUUUUAAGUGGCGCUGGACUUUAGCCCGAUUGUCAGUAAGCAAUUCAAAAUCUGUAUUUCAGUCUUCCGAUGCUAAAUGUUUACCGCUGACUUUAAACUGUUUUUCGAGACUCGCUUCCCGUGACCUUCCAUUUCGGCCUAAUAGUUCUUGUGUUCUUCUCUCACCAACUUUUUGUUAAUUUACGGUCCUGCUGAAAAGUCAUCAUUGCGAGUUUGUAGCUCAGGUUAUUGGGUUCCUGAUUUGGUUUUGCCUUUGGGGCACCGCCUGAUGAAGUCUAGAAUCCUUUGAUCGCCUAGCAGAUUGUUAAUUUCAGUAACGAUUAGGUACCACAAAACAAAGUUUGGUUUGCGUUUUCAGCGCGUUGCCUUUGUUGGGCGAUUGCAAUUUUAACACUUCAGAACAUUUUGCAUGAGACCAUUUCGGUAUGUUUGAGUGGUUAGCGCUCUAUCUGCGUAGAUGGCUAAAUGAUCCAACCCAAAUGCGCUGUCGAAAUAAUGUUUAAGAGUAUUAACGAAGUGUGCGCCGACGACCCUUUGCGUUACUUAUACUUUUUAACCACUAGUCCUUUUACCAUUGUCGAGGUAUAGCGUGCCCAUAACUAGUUAGGUUGUGUCUGUCAUAACUUUAAAGUGGUCUGCCCAGUUUACCCAGCGAUGCUUGGCUUCGGAAUCUUCAUCAUUAUCUUUUCCCCAUGCUUUCCAACGCUCUCGAUGGGACAUAUGAUGGACUCAUCACUUGGCUUUCUAUGUUGUCCGGGCACUUGACAUUUUUUGGUUUUUGACAGUACUGUUCCUGCUGUUUACUUAGGUAAACAGCAUUUUAUGGUGUUCAUGACUGCUUUGGUAAACUCGUCACUCAUACAACUUUUUUGUAUGUAAGACUGCUGUAACGAUCUCUUGUGCUAAUUGGAGCGCGUCAUUAUUUCAGUUUACUGUCUUUUCAUAGUUCGCUUUCUGUCCAAUUAGGGUUUAUGCUAAUGUUUGCCUCUGUUUCUAAUUCCGACUGCCAGUUUAUGUUGUAUUGCUCCUGUGCUGGCUGCGCGCUGUCUACCCGGUGUCAAAAUAACCCUUGGCAUGGAGACCGACGAAGGAGGGCGCUGGCAGAACUGCGGUGCCUGCUCAGCCGUCAAGGAAAUGGGAGCCCGUCACGAACCUCGAGACAUAACGGUAUGCCUUGUAUAUUUAGUCUCCACAGGUCUGUACCCCGAUCGAAUUUCUCUGAGUUUUCGUGUUCAGCUAACCGCACGAAAUUAUUUCAGCUUCAGGUGUAUCUGUCAGCUCGUUUAUUUUGAAAAUUUUCUAUCUGAGGCAUAUUCUGUACACAUCGAAGUCGUUCUUCUAGUCUGCUGGCACGGACGCUAACCAAAAGCUUGGCCGUGUUUUUCUGUUGCUUUACGAGGUUAUUACUAGGUGUUCAGCAGAUCGAUGUUGGCCCCAGCGUUCUCUAGUUGUUUUCUGGUAUUUUAAGCCCUUGAGUGGUCUUCAUACCUGUGAGCAGUGCCAAUUUGCCUAGAGAAAAAACUCCAUUGAGUGGCGUUCUAAUUGCCGGUGCAUUUGCGGCAUCAAAGUAAUUCAAGCCAGUCUUGCCCCUGCUGGAUUUUUAAGCUUUACUGAAGGUAACCUAUGGCAGAUGUUUGCGUAAUAGAGACUUCUGAUGACACUUUGCAGCAGUAUUUCUUUUUCUAUGAACCAAGAUUCGCAUAUUGUUGGUAUACUCUAAUUUUUAGACUUAGAAGCAGUAUGUCCACCCUCCGCAUUGAUUGACUAAAAACAGUUACGAUUUUCUGGAAGGCUCCCUGAAACAACUCAUUCAGAUCGUAUUAUAUACCUAGUUCGACUUUGGCAUUUUUCAUACCGUGUCAACCACUGCGUUGAAUCCCCUCAUCCGCUGGCCGACAGGUCCACACAGUCGACUAAUGCAUGGAAGAAGGGGGGAGAGUGAGGAUGACACCGGGGAAUUCACCACAUCAAGCCAGUGCAUCCCCCACUAUUAUAGCUCCGACAGACCUAAAUCUACCAUGACACAAUAGGAGUCGUGGCUUGGAAGGUUGCCAACUAACAGCUUAAUUUGAUCAUCUGGUUUGAGAGUCAGGUCCAGUGGCCCCAUUUUAGCGUGGUUUUUAUGCCACACUCGCUGCUCUGACACCCUAGCUGCCAUUACGAAAUUUUGAUACUUUUUGUGAAGGCCAGACUGUGUGGCUUGCGUAGACGAGCCGUAUGACUUUUAUCGGCCACUGCUCCCGGGCACACUUCCGAUCGUCUUGACGCUAUCUUGCCACAGGAAGAUGGGCGAGGAAGGAAAGGGUGAGGUGGGCGCUGCGCAAGUCUGCCUCACCAUAAACCAAUUCACACGCAAGUCACCGGUACUGCGCCCACUCCGAGAUUCUGCCGACGGACGUUAUCGCUUGCGACAGUCAAACUGUCGUGGUGUUUUGUGAGAUAAAGUGCCUGAUUGUGUUAGUAUGGCACUGAGUCCGGGAAUUUCCAACGAGGCGGAUCUGUGCUCGUAAUGUCUAAUGACUGCGUGGACAGUAUGGUUGUGUGCCUGCGCCAUUGGUCUGCUGUACUUGAAUCCUGAAAUUUUCUUUCAGUGCUGUGGCAUCGCCCCCUCGGUUGGAUUCGAGGACGGUUGCCUAGUUUUUUUCGCAAGUACGCUAUGCCUGUCGACCCUCUGCGAGGUCUUCAAGUACUGGGCAGAGCUCUUCAGGGAGUUUUCCUUGUUAAAACCUUUGUCUGUUUUGUUUGCAAGCUCUGUGGGACCGUCACUGUAGAAUAGUUGUUGGGAUAGGCAUUCGACAUCCAUCACGACGACGUGCACCCUCCAGCACAGUAGUAUUUACCUCAACUUGGUGUGACUUCCGACGGUACCGUUUUUUCCCAGAAUCCAGGUGCCUGAGAUCUUUCCCUGCCACCACUUUUAGUAUUCUCAGUAGACAUCAGGGGUGGAGACGAUCAAGUGUCCUUGCUUGGUUUUCAUACACACAUCACCUCUCCAUUAUUUACAAGAAGUUUGUCAGGACAACAGCCCUGAAUAUCUUCAGUUUUGCGUUUAAUAGGCUGUCCUGAUGAUUUCAGACGGAGUGCCAUGGCCGGCCAAAGGCGUGUCUGACUUUGGAGGUCCGACUUGCGGUAUGUGGUUGGGAAACCCUAAGCGCAAAUGCAACUACGUAUCGUGUUCAACAUUAUUCGGAGAUUGAAGGACACACAUACGCGACGGGUUCGACCGUCGUUACUAGCGAUGUCCACCGUGUGCUCCACAACAGGGUGGGAGCAGGGACGGCGACUUUCGCGUGAACUAGUUUAUACUGAUAGUAGACUUGCGUCGGGUCUACCGCACUCUCUUCCCCCCUCCCCCCACCUGUAUCUGGUGUUAAGGCAGAGUCUAAAAGACCGGAGAUGGGAUCUGGCGCGGUAACUGGCAGGGCUAAACUGCCCCUCUACGCUUGCCAGAAGCGUCUCGUCCUCUCACAAUUGAUCAGGUGCUCACAGAAACAAGGCAGGGCGUCUCGGAUCCCAUCUGAAUGGGAGUGCCAUGGGGGCCACAUUAAGAAGUAGUCAUUGCAGCCUAACUCCCCCUUCUAAGUUGAAUACCAAGGUAUCGCGUCAGUUUACAGUGUACCAAGUCACGACUUUCAGCGCACCGCGAUUAUUUAAAAUACCGGCCGAUUGUUUGUAGUGAGGAAUAUGCACUGAAUGCCGUUGGGAGGGAUUCCUCGGAGGUGACCCCACUUUCCCCUCUCACAGGUACCAGUUAAUUGUUCGAGCAGGUCAGUUAUCUGAUGCAGGGAUUGGACGCAGUGACUAGGACGACUAAACGGCCCGUUUGCGCGUGCCACACACAAGCUACCUCCCCACACUAGAGACCAGGUUUUAACACGAAGGAGUGGACACACAUACAAAUCAAAACCCAAUGCAGUACAUGAGUGACCUUUUCGCUUAUGCAUGUCUUAUGUUUCAGGAAGUUUGCGUGGACGACGAGAACAAGGUUGUCACCGCUCCAGCCUACAUGUGCAGCACUGCGGAAAUUGGAGAGGUCUUUGAUAACAUAGGACUUCUUGUCAAACGCGUUCUCUCCAUGAUCCCAAAGUAG